AUGACCCUGCUCAAGCUGUCCCUCAUGGCCUUCAGCUUCGUCUUCUGGGCAGCGGGGCUAACCAUGCUCGUCAUCGGCCUCUGGGCCAAGGUGUCUCUGGGCAGUUACCUGGCGCUGUCGGCCAGCGACUACCCCAGCGCCCCCGCCAUCCUCUUGGCCACCGGCGUCGCUGUCAUCAUCUGGGGCUUCCUGGGAUGCUUCGGCGCCGCUACGGAGCACCGGGGACUCCUGCGCGUCUACAGCGCCUUCCUGGCCGCCGUGCUGGCGGCCGGGCUGGCGGCCGGGCUCUCGGCGCUCCUGUACCGCCAGACCCUGGCUCAGGGCUUCCAGGAGGGGCUGCGCCGGGCGCUGCUGGCAUACGGGGAGGACGACGGGGUGGCGGACGCCCUGGACGCGCUGCAGCGCGCCUUGUCCUGCUGCGGUGUGGAGAGCUACCGCGACUGGCUGGCCUCGCCCUGGGGGCUGGAGCAGAACGGCUCGGUGCCCCUCAGCUGCUGCCGGGCCCGCCGCGGCUGCCAGCGCAGCCCGCCCGACGCGCGCAGGCUGCACCGCGACGGCUGCUUCGGCAGGGUGUCCGCCUUCGUCGGCAGCAACAUGUUUUAUGUUGCCACCGCUGCCCUGGGGCUGGCACUGCUGCAGCUCAUCGGUAUUGUGCUAGCCUGCCUGCUGGCUGCCCGCGUCCCUGCCCACCUGCUGGGCAUCACCACCCCUCCCUGA